AUGUCGAGAUCACCGUCGCCACCCUUUAGAAUGCUGGUAUUCAGCAAGACAGCCGGCUACCGACACGAGUCCAUACCCGCUGGAAUCAACGCACUCAAGAACUUUGCAGCCACUUCAGGUCACAUAGAUUGCGAUGCGUCGGAAGAAGCCUCCAUCAUCAACCCGGAAAAUUUGGCCCGGUACCGAGUCCUCGUAUUUUUGCACACCAGCGGGGAUUUCCUCAAUGAGGCGCAGCUUUCGGCACUGAAGGGCUUUGUGCGUGGCGGCGGGGGCUUUGUGGGCAUACACGGCACGAGCAACGGCAUGCCCAGCGAUACAUGGUUCAAAGAAUUGGUCGGCGCAGGGUUCACAAAUCACCCAGAGCCACAAGAUGGCGUUAUAAAGAUCGAAGAUACGGCAGAUUUUCUGACCAAGGACUUUCCAGCGGAAUGGAAAUGGCACGACGAGUGGUACAACUUCCGGACGAACCCGCGCAGCAAUGUCAAGGUUCUCUUGAGUAUCGAUGAGAAGUGCUACCAAGGUGGAACUAUGGGUACUGAUCACCCGCUGGCUUGGUACCACGAAUUCGAAGGCGGUAGGUCAUUCUACACGGCCUUGGGACAUUUUAGCGAAGCCUGGGCAAAUGAACGGUUCUUCAGCCAUGUGACGAGGGGGAUAUACUGGACAGCUGGGGUUUUCUGA